CCGCUGCUCAGUCUUGAAUCAUUCUGCGAUAUUGCCCAGUACCCCUAGUCUCAGCGAGACACUCGUCCGACCAAAUCCAAGGAGAUUAAUCCACGAGACUGCAGUUAUCUCUGAUGCAGCCAUCAAGACGAAUCGAGCCGAGAAUCUUUCCACUUCCUCUGGCUGGAACUUUGACACGGACCGUUUCUUCGACCGGCCCCCAAUGCCAAAUAAAGACACGUACGCGCGCCGGACGUAAGCAAUCUCUACACGGCAGGAUAAACGGACUCUAGCAGAAUCCCGGAACAACGCAAAGUAUAAACGCGCAGGCCCAUCUGAGCACUGAGAAUCACUCUCAAUCCACAGUAUGCCCUCAGACUCGACUACUUCUGCUCCUACCCCUCUCCGCAUCACGAUCGUGGGCGCCGGGCUGGGCGGCCUCACCGCAGCCUUGGCCUUGCGCCAGAUCGGGCACAUCGUGCAGGUGUUUGAGCGCUCUGACAGCAAUCCGGAGGUCGGCGCGGCGCUCGGACUGCAGCCCAACGCGAUGCGAGUGUUGAAGCAUUUUGGUGUCCAGGAGGAGAACAUGAAAGGCGUGCUCUUGCGCGGGGUCGUCGCUUUCGACUAUGUGACCGGAGAAGGAAGCGGGAGGAGCUUCGCGCCAAGUGGAGAAGGUGGAGAGAACGAGUGGUCGCUGGCGUGUCAUCGGACCGACAUUCACGAAGAACUGAAGCGCACUGCGCUCGAUCCGGCGGGCGGCCACUCACCCGUGUCGCUGCGCUUCGGUUGCAAGGUCGUAUCCUGCUCGCCGGAAGAGGGCGAUGUAGUGCUCGAGUCCGGCGAGACUGUGCACGCGGACCUAGUUCUCGGAGCAGACGGCAUCAAGUCGCUCAUCCGCACGCAUGUGCUAGGACACGUACAAGAAGCGUUGCCCACGGGGAUCACUUGUUUGCGCACGGUGUACAAAGCGCCUCCGAGAGACGGCAGCUUCACAGGCCUGGAGUGGUUCGACGAGGGAAUCGCGGGCGUUCGCUCUGUUCCCUCGCAGGGUCUCCCCUUCCGGAUGAUUCUUUGCUAUCCGUGUAGGAGUGGAGAACUCAUCAACACGAUUCACUUCUACACGGAAACGGAAGAGGAGAUGGACGCUUCGAUCACACCGAUCACCGCAGCGCAGGUGCGCGCCAAGUUCGCCGAUUACCACGCCAAGUUCCACCGCCUGCUAGACCUGCAAAGCCAUAGCGGCCAGAUCCUUCGCUGGCGGCUGCGCACGGUCCCCGCACUGCCGACAUGGUCCAAGGGCCGCACUGCGAUUCUCGGUGACGCGGCUCACGCGACGGUUCCGUUCUUGGCCCAAGGCGCGGCGAUGGCCAUCGAGGACGCGGGUGUUCUCGCGGGCCUGUUGCCCCUCGGAACUACGCGCGAGGACGUCCCGGCGCGGCUCGCUGUCUGGCAGGACAUCCGGAAGCCGAGGGCGGAUUUCGUGAACAGGACGUCAGUUGAGCAGGUGGCUGCUAUCAUGUCUGGGCGGCAUCAAAAUGCACAUGUUCAAGGCAACACGCGCGCAAAGUUGGCAGAAUACGAUGCGAUUGCCGCCGGUCGUCAGGCUUACCAGGAUAAGUUUGCUAGCGGGCAGAAUGCCUAGUUUCAGAAAGUAUCAGAUCAAUCCAUUUACCCCUGCAAUUCGGUGCAUGUCCUGUGUUUUAAAUUCACAGUCAUCUUGAAUCAGAUAUAGGGUACCAUUACCUGCGCAGUGACUACGAAAAUAGGUCAAGAUAUGGUCAUUCGAUCAGACAGUGAGAGACGCGACCGAUGCUGUAUAUCCUCUUCAAGCCCGAUGGCAGAUCCUAACUCCAAAUGUCAGUCAAUGGGGCAAUGUAGGGACCACGCUUUCCAGCCAUCAGUAGUUCAUCGGACAGAGGAGACACGGCGCGUUGCCGAUGCCGACUACGUCGCGGCGAGCGGAUUUCACGCAGUUGUACGUGCUGCUUCCGGCCGUCCGGACCAAAUCAAAAACGUGUCCGUGCAGAUGGAAGGGUUGCUUUCGGAUCCCAUCACCGAUCAAGCUAUGAGAUGUUCACUACUGUCAUGACCAGAAUCGCUACUCGCACAGAUUGGUAACACGAC